AUGGGCGCGGUGUCCGAGGCGACGGCGCAGCCGCCAGUCCCCGCGCGUGCGCCGGCGCUGGGCCGCUCGGCGCGCAGUUCGAGCUCGGGCAGCGACAGCGACGGCAGCUCGCUGCUGUGCGCGGCGCCUCGCUGGCUGGCCGCGCGCCGGCGCCGCCCACGCCUCGCCCGCGCCGCGCACACCUCGCGUGCCUCGCAUCGUGUCCGACCCGCCUCGCAACCAGACGUAACGGACAGCACGGGGAACAAGGCUCGCUCGGCGGCCGGGCCGGAAGCGCCGGGCGGCUGGUCCGUGACCGUGGCCGGCUCGUGCCGCGCCGCGCUGCCCGCCGACGUGGAGAUGCGCCUGCGCUUCCCGCGCGACGCGCGCCCGCCGCCCCGCGCCGCACCCCGCCCGCCCCGCGCCGACGCAGACAACAUGCCGCGCCGGAGCGUCGCCACCCGCUCCGACGAGACGGGUACCACCGAGUGCUGGUGCCGCUGCUGCUCGUGCGGCGCAGGAGGCGCCAACGCGGCGCCCGGGGCUCCAGGGGCGCCCAAUGCGCCCGCUCUACCGCCGCCACCUUCACGCCGCGCUAGCCUUACUUUCACCAUGAAAAAAGAUGAUUCUUCCGCUCCGAACCGUAAGAGCAGGAAGAAAUGUUCCCACACCCACCUCCCUCAGUUGCAGCCGGCGGGCGACGGCCAGCGGCGGCGCUCCAGCAAGAUGCGGCGCGCGUGCUCCUUGCAGUGCUGGCUGCCAGCCGCGCCGCGCAGGGCGGGCGAACUGGCGGUGGAGGGCAGUGCCAUCGUGCCCGAGCUGAAGCCGCGCGCGCCCACCAUGAGCGAGCGUGACCUCACGCGCCACCACACGCCGCGCCUCUACCUGCGCUGCUAGCGCCCCCACACCAGCUGGUUCAGCUAUGUGAUGGGCGGGCGGGAAGGCACCAUCGUGCCCGAGCUGAAGCCGCGCGCGCCCACCAUGAGCGAGCGCGACCUCACGCGCCACCACACGCCGCGCCUCUACCUGCGCUGCUAGCGCCCCCACACCAGCUGGUUCAGCUAUGUGAUGGGCGGGCGGGAAGGCACCAUCGUGCCCGAGCUGAAGCCGCGCGCGCCCACCAUGAGCGAGCGCGACCUCACGCGCCACCACACGCCGCGCCUCUACCUGCGCUGCUAGCGCCCCCACACCAGCUGGUUCAGCUAUGUGAUGGGCGGGCGGGAAGGCACCAUCGUGCCCGAGAUGAAGCCGCACGCGCCCACCAUUUGGUUGCGGACUGGCCGCACGCAACCGGCUACACGGCGAACGGCAACUCAAGGCCGUUUAUACAUUUGGU